AUGGAAUUCAGUAGACGCAGCUGCUGUAUCAGCGUCCAAAUAAUGUGCUGCCCUGUUCAGAAGCAGCCCAUAAAUAGCCGGGGCGGCCGGCGCGUCGCAGAGCGCGGCCAGCGCGGGCAGGAGCAGCGGCGCGCCGGGGGAGCUGCGAGGGCCGAGCGAGGAGACCGAGCGACCAAGCAGCAGCCAGCCAGCUCCAAGAUCGCCAUCUUCGAGCAGGAGAAUUUCCAAGGCCGCUGCCAUGAGCUCAACGGAGCCUGCCCCAACCUGAAGGAAGCCGGCGUGGAGAAAGUGGGCUCCAUCCUGGUGCACGCGGGACCCUGGGUGGGCUAUGAGCAGGCAAGCUGCAAAGGAGAGCAGUUUGUGUUUGAGAAGGGGGAGUACCCCCGCUGGGAUUCCUGGACCAACAGCCGGAGAAGCGACAGCAUCACUUCCCUGAGACCCAUCAAAGUGGACAGCCAGGAGCACAAGAUUGUUCUGUAUGAAAACCCUGGUUUCACCGGCAAGAAAAUUGAAAUAAUAGAUGAUGAUGUGCCCAGUUUCCAUGCUCAUGGCUACCAGGAGAAAGUAUCGUCCGUGCGGGUGCAAAGUGGAACGUGGGUGGGCUACCAGUACCCAGGCUACAGAGGCUACCAGUACCUGUUUGAGAAGGGGGAUUACAAAGACAGCUCAGAGUUCGGUGCCCAGCACCCCCAGAUCCAGUCGGUGAGGCGCAUCCGGGACAUGCAGUGGCAUCAGCGCGGUGCCUACCACCCCAUCAACUAG